AUGUUAUCCAGAGGACAGCAUGUGAUCGCUUCAGGUCACUCCUGUCUCAGAUCGAGUCCCGCAGAACACGGACAGACACGCGUCACGUUUCUGCGAGAAGACGCGGCCGGUGCGCGCUCCCUGUACGUCAGCCUGUGGUCCGAGGACGCGGGACAGGUAACAUGCGAGAUAAACACCGAUCCAAACGUCACGGACAUAUAUAGAAGUCUUUGCGACCGGAGAGGCACCCAGGGGAAGGAAGUUACCCAGAGGUUUAAUACCAGCAUGCUGCUGUCUCCGGAUUCUCCAUGCGCGCUCGUCUCCUCCAAUGUGCCAAAGUUUACCAAGCGCACGAGAAGAGAUGGGACAGAAGUAAAGGUUCGGAGGAAGCGGGCCUGGAUCUUCCCGGGGACGCUGUGGUGCGGCACUGGCAGCAGAGCGGCCGGAUACGAACAGUUAGGGAUGUUUGAGAGUGCAGAUAGAUGUUGCCGAGAGCACGACCACUGCCUGCAUGUCAUCCUGUCAUUCACGAAGAAUUAUGGAGUCUUCAACUCUAACUUCUUUACCGUCUCACACUGUGACUGUGACCAAAGGUUUCGACAGUGCCUUCACGGUGUAAAUGAUUCCAUUUCCAGCAUGGUGGGCUACAGCUUCUUCAACAUCUUGCGGGUUCCCUGCUUUGAGUUUAAACAGCGGAGGCAAUGCACUGUGUGGAACUGGUGGGGAAUGUGUAAAGCAAACAAAAAGGCUCCCUAUGCUGUCUUCAGAGGCCCCCUCCCUUACUCUGAUGUUACAAGCAAUAAUGGGGACAGCACUGACAGCAACAUGGUAGCAACUGGCAAGGGGAAGAAUGUAACCGAAAGCUUAGUGAUCAACCCACACAAAAAGUCACUCAGAAAUGAACGUAGAUGUAACUCCAGAGACCCACCCAUAGGAGACACUUUCUACCUCAGAAGGACAAAGGGGAAAGGAUACAAUCAACUCCUGUGUGGAAGCCUCAAACGUCUGGAUGAAUGUAAAUACCACAUCCCUCCUUUGGAGAAGAAGUAUGAUCUGCAGAACGUGGAGUCAAAGACUGCAUACCACUGUGAUUGCACCAGCCGGUAA